GACCGCCAUUAAUAUCCAUUUAUGUUUGUUUUGGUCGUGAUUCUUGAACCGGUACGCGUUAUUCCACAAAUUUUCCCUGAUUUUUUUGGAAGGAUUUGCGUUUUGCGUUGAUAAGUCUCUCAAACAGGUGAAAUCCCACUUUUACAUACGCAACAGCCAGAAUGGACGUGUCGAAGUUGAAGGUCGCAGAAAUCAAGAAGGAGCUGAAGGACAGAGGUUUGAACACGGUGGGCAAUAAACAAGAGUUGGUCACCAGACUGCAGGAAGCUUUGGACGCUGAGGUCAUCGGGCAAGAAGACGACGACGAAAAUCUUAAUGGGUCUGAAGAUGCGGUAGUGGACGAGGUCGAGGAAAUCAAAGAAGAGGACCAGGCGAAAAAGGAGGAAAAGCAAAGCAGGAAGAUUGUCCUUAACCGGACAGAUUUCCCAGACGAGCCGGUGGCGGAAAUUCAGUCAACUGGGGAAAAAACUGAAACGGCGGAAGCUGGUAUCAAGAAACUUGGCACUUUGCCAUUGACUUCUGCGGAGAGAUUGGCCCUUCGAGCCAAAAGGUUUGGGUCCACUGAGACCACAACUCUGAAAACUACUACCCCUGAAGUUGUAGUAGCAGCCGCCCCUGACCAAACUUCUCAACCUGCAGCCAAAAAAGCCAAGGUUGAGUUGUCCGAGGAGCAGCUCGAAGUUUUGAGAAAAAGGGCGGAGCGGUUUGGAAUGAAUGUGUCUCCGUUGGUGCAGUCGAAGGAUGCUGACGAAAAGAAGAAGCAGAGGGAGGAACGUUUCUCGACCGCAACCCCCACUGUUGCCACGGCUGACACGACAGAACCAGCAGUGGUCACUGACUUGGCUGAUGUUAAGAUUUUGACCUCGGAAGAGAGGAAGCGACUGCGUGCGGAACGUUUCAAGCAGCAGCAGUGAAACCAGACAAACAAUUUUAAUUUCUUGAUUUACAGUGAAGCUGGCAGUGCGUUUAUGAUUUUGCUUGACGUUUGGAUUUAAUUUCUUAUCAUGCUGGUAAGACUCCCUCAGAGGCAAAUGACGGAUUAAUUGUAAAGCAUUUUUGAGUUUUUUUAAAAUUAUGUUUCAGUUUAUUCAUUUGGAUGCAAAUUAGUCCUACAAAUAAUCACAAACUUUUCAUUUAGUGAAAUUUUGAAAAAUUUUUGUUUUUAAUACAUAGCCUGUAAUAAAUGAUGCAGUAUUCCGUCAUUUCUCUCUUAAAACCAUCUAAGUUUUUUGAAACCUGCAAUACAAUACACAUAUUAAAAUAGCUCUUGGGGUGAGAAUAAUUAAACAUGCAGAUAUUGGUUUUUUAUAUGAAACGUUAUGUUAAAAGGUAUGUAUUGCUUGGAGAAUUUAACUUCAGAAUCUAGAUAUCUGCAAAUUUUCUUAAAUUCUCGAACCAAGAAUUAUCAGCUUGUGUGUAUUAAAAUAUCAAAAUUUUCAUCAAAUUUUUCCCUUGCAUUUUUUCAAUUUUCAGGAACCAUGAAUUUUGCUUAUGAUUUGUAAUAAAAAAGUAGGUCUUAUGAAUAAAAGUAAA